AUGGAGGAAUCUGGCGAAAACAAUAGAAAAAGAAAAAUGGCGUCCAAAAUGUACAGAACUACACAGAAGGGUCAGCGAGUGCGUGCUAAAAAUGAUCCUGAUUUUAUUUACAGAAAUUGGAAAAACUUUGAUCUAUCUUUUGGUAGCCCUGCAAAAGAUGUUUGUUCUCAAUGUGAAUCGUUAAAAACAAAAAUCAAGAGUAGUACUUUAAAUGACAAUGCAAAGCGAGAAGCUACUGCUGAGCUAGAGCCAAAAGCUGUCAGGGUGAGUGAGUCCAUUGGAGGAUUAGUAAAGCACUAUUUUCAUUUGAAAAAGCCAGGGCAAUCUUCAAUCUGUCUGCCAACUCGACAUUUAUAUGCAGAACAAAUACCCAUUCUAGAAGUUAAGAUGGAAGAUCUAAAAAAGGUGACGGAGUAUAUUCCACAAGAACAUACUGCUUUUUGGGAAGAAAUAUUUGGUUGGCCUACAGAAAACAGAGUUCUGAGGGUAUUAGAAUAA